AAUAAUCUUUGUUUUUCUUGCAUUGCGGAUUUAUUGCAUUUCAGUUUCUUGAUCAAUUGAAAAAAAUAAACUUUGUGGACGCGUUUUUACACAGAUUUGUUACCGAUGUUCCGAUGGAUGGGGAUGUAAAGGCUUUUGCUGAAAAUAAUAAUGGGCUCCUGUCUGUGUAAAGAUAAAAACGAUAGUGAAGAGGACAAUGAUACGGGUGUUGGGCGUUCACAACAACGGCAUGCAAGAGGUUCACUACGAAACUCAUACCGUAAUCCGGAAGUGCUGCAGACAAGUGCCUCUGUUAAAACACUCUCCGAUACUGUUGAUAAAUUAGUACGCGAAACACUAGAUGUUAUUAGUACAAUGAUUGACAAUGAGCCAGAACCGCCCAAUUCCAUAUUAAUGCUACACAGUAUAACAGAAAAGCCCGCUGGUUGGAUAGAACUUGUGCGGUCAUUAAUGCGAGUUGUUCCUGUCGAACAUCCCAUGGGUCCCAGUGUGAUAGCCUUACUUCUUGAUGAUAGUCCACUGCCUACAAAAGAGUCUGUAUUAAAAGUUGGCGAAAUGGUAGCACCAAAAUAUGGUUUAAAAAAUAAUCUACGCAAGGAACGAAACUUAUGUGUUAUAAUUGGCUGCUUAGCAGAAAAAUUGGCAGGUCCUAGCAGUAUUGCAUUACUAAACAAUUCCAUGUUAAAGUACCUGAUUAGUAAUUUAAAUGAAGACAUCGAACCGAAUGUAAAACUUCUUUCGUUAAUAGCGCUCGAAAAAUUUGCACAGACAAGUGAAAAUAAAGUUACCAUACAGAAAACAUUGCAAGAUAUGAAGCAGAGCCCGUUUCUAACAUUAGAAGAAUAUGUGUUGUCAACAAGUUUCCUGCUACGACAAAUAGGAUUUUGUGCUUGUUGGUGUUUGGACAACUACUUUCCAGUAAGUGGGCGACAAUAUUCAUAUGAAAACACCGACGUUUCAAAAAUUAACGCUAUGCUUAAUACAAAGGAUGUUAGUGAAUAUUUAAAAAUAUCAGCAGAUGGUUUAGAAGCACGUUGUGAUGCUUACACGUUUGAAAGUGUACGCUGCACAUUCCAAAUAACCAAGGGUUGUUGGUAUUACGAAGUUCUGCUGAUAACACCCGGUGUAAUGCAAAUUGGUUGGGCCACAAAGGAGUCAAGCUUUUUAAGUGACGACGGAUACGGUAUAGGUGACGAUAAAUACUCCAUAGGAUUUGACGGUUGCCGGCGUAUAAUAUGGCACAACGCCAAAUCUAUACCACAUAGUUUGCCAACAUGGAAAAGUGGUUCGAUUCUAGGAUGCUUACUUGAUUUAGAAAAGCAAGAAGUUAUUUUUACACUUGAUGGAGAAUCGACUGAUCCCUAUAGACACAUAUUUAAUAGUGUUAAACAAGGAUUCUUUGCUGCCGCAAGUUUUAUGUCAUUUCAACAAUGUAGAUUUAAUUUUGGACUGGAACCUUUUCGAUAUCCACCACAAAGAGCAUUUACCAAUUUUAAUGAAAGUGGAAUGCUUAGUUCAAGUGACAAGAUAAUUUUGCCACGCCAUAUUUAUUUAGAUAUGUUAAGAAAAGUAAGUGUACGCGACGAUUCCUGUACACUCUGUUUUGACAAAAAGGCUACUAUGCGAUUGGAGCCAUGCUCACACAGGGGGUUUUGCGUAACGUGUACUGAGCAAUUAAAGUUUUGCCCAAUGUGUCGCUCGGACAUACGGCGGAAAGUACAAGAAUGCACUGAUAGUCCGGUUAAUGUAGAAGUUUCCGACGUGGAAGCCAUACAAACGGAAACAUGACAGAUAUUUUAUCUCAAAUCAUAGUGAUGUAGAAAAGAAGUAUGUACUCAUAAAAAAUGAACUAUACAUUUGGCUAUAUCUCU